AUUAAACGUCGCGUGGUCGCGUCGCGUUAGGAAAGUCGAUGGCGGUGGCCUUGCUUCGAAUUCCUUCUGUACAGAAAGUUUCAUGGCAACUAAACAGAAGCUUCUUUUUCUGACUCCAGAUAACAACACCUCUGUUCCAAUCGCGACUGGUUUCUUUCAAUUCAAAGAACCAUCUCGUUCACUGCUUCAGCCUGCCUUUCUGCGAUUCAAGACUCCAAAUCUCUGAUCUGCGGACUGCAGGAGCGCAAUUACCACCAUGGCUCCCACCGAGGUUGUCAACGACGUGGACGUCAAUAUGGAGGAAGAGGACGAGGACGAGAAAAUGCAGCAAAAACUCAUCAACGAGGAGUACAAGGUCUGGAAGAAGAACAGUCCAUUCCUCUACAGCAUGAUCCUCAGCACAGCGUUGGAGUGGCCGACACUGACCACCCAGUGGUUCCCCGACGUUAAGGACGUACCAGACAAGAAUUACACGACCCAUCGUCUCCUUCUGGGAACACAUACUGCAGAGGGCAAGCCAAACUACCUUCAGAUCGCCGACGUCGAGGUGCCAAAGCCGGUCAAGCCUAGCGCUCGCGACUACGAUGAGGACCGCGGCGAGAUUGGCGGACAUGGAAACUUGGGCGGAUCUGGCGAGCCGCAUGUGAUCAAGAUGACGAUUACGCAAAAGAUCGAUCACCCGGGCGAAGUCAACAAGGCGCGAUACCAACCUCAAAAUCCCGACAUCAUCGCCACGCUCGCUGUCGACGGGAGGGUGCUCAUUUUCGAUCGGACCAAGCACAGCUUGCAGCCAACGGGAACCCCCAAUCCCCAGCUCGAGUGCAUUGGUCACACGCAGGAAGGUUUCGGUCUGGACUGGAGCCCAGACAAGCUUGGCUGGUUGGCGACCGGUAGCGAAGACAAUACCGUCAUGGUAUGGGAUUUGAACUCGUACAGCGGCACUGACAAGAAGGUGAGGCCUUGGCGCAAGUACACCCACCACAGCCAUGUCGUCAACGAUGUCCAGUACAACCCAAUCACCCCGUCCUGGAUCGGCACCGUAUCAGACGAUGUGACGAUGCAAGUCAUUGACAUCCGCACCGCUGACAGCACCAAGGCGGCUGCCGUUGCCCGCGAUGGCCACAGCGAUGCCAUCAAUGCCAUCGCCUGGAACCCCAAGGUCAACUACCUCGUCGCCACCGCCUCGGCUGACAAGACGAUUGGUAUCUGGGAUCUCCGAAACCUCAAGGCCGGCAAGAUCCACACGCUCGAGGGCCACAACGACGCGGUUACCUCUCUGGCCUGGAACCCAAUCGACCACGCCAUCCUCGGCAGUGGAAGCUACGACCGCCGGAUUAUCCUCUGGGAUAUCAGCCUUAUUGGUGACGAGCAAACACCCGAGGAGGCUGAGGAUGGACCGCCGGAGCUUCUGUUCAUGCACGGCGGCCACACUAACCAUCUGGCCGACUUCAGCUGGAACAAAAACAUCCCCUGGCUCGUCUGCAGUGCGGCCGAGGACAACUUGCUGCAGAUCUGGCAGCCGACCAAGAGCAUCAUCUCGCCGCCGAACCAGGAGAUGGAGAUGAACGAAAUGGGGAGCGCCGACGGAACAUCUAUCCCCUAGGAAGGAGGGCUCAAGAAAGGCAUCAAGAGAAAACACGGCGAGCCCGGCGGCGUGAAGGUGAAGCAGGAGGAAAGCGAGCAGAGCACUGUCCUCAGGCACAAGAGGAACAACCAGAGUGUAUCUCAGCAAUUGCCCAUGGCGGACUUGGAGAUUCGCGACGACACAUCGUCUCAAGGCAGUAGCGAGGACAGCGACCGUCCCCGGCCCAAGGCUGUGUACGAUGAGUAUCUGGAGCUGGUCAGGAACGCGCAGCAAUCCGGCGAGGGCAAGCGACAGACUCGGGGUGGUAAAACUUUUUGAAGUGUGAGCGACAGCAGCAUGGUUAUUCACGGUGGCAUUUUCGUCCAACCUCGUACUCUUCCUCUUCCUCUUCCUGGUUGUAGAAAAGGAGUCGGAGGCUAUGGCAUGUUUCCUGUUUCUUUUGUAUGUGUUCACGCCGCAGACGGCAAGCUAGUAGUAGUGUUUUCCUAGAAUGUACUUUCUGGGC